CUUUAACUUUAUAGAUAUGGGACCCACACACAUGGACUUUUUAAGAAGCUGGGAAUUCCUGGGCCAAAACCUCUGCCUUUUUUAGGAACUGCUCUGGGGUACCGUCAGGGUUUUUGUGAAUUUGAUGAGAAAUGUUUUAGAACGUAUGGAAGAAUGUGGGGGUUUUAUGAUGGGCGACAGCCAGUGUUGGCGAUCACAGAUCCGGACAUGAUCAAAACAGUACUAGUGAAAGAAUGCUAUUCUGUCUUCACAAACCGGCGGUCUCUUGGUCCAGUGGGACUUAUGAAAAGUGCCAUUUCUCUGUCUGAGGAUGAACAAUGGAAGAGAAUACGAACAGUGCUGUCUCCAACCUUCACCAGUGGGAAGCUCAAGGAGAUGUUCCCCAUCAUUGGCCAGUAUGGAGAUGUGUUGGUGAGGAACCUGAGGAAGGAGGCAGUGAAAGGCAAUCCUGUCACCUUGAAAGACAUCUUUGGGGCCUACAGCAUGGAUGUGAUUACUGGUACCUCCUUUGGAGUGAACAUUGAUUCCCUCAACAACCCACAAGAUCCCUUUGUGGAAAAUACGAAGAAUCUCUUAAAAUUUUCCUUCCUUGAUCCACUUUUCUUCUCAAUAUUACUCUUCCCAUUCCUUACCCCAAUUUUUGAACUAUUAAAUAUCUGGAUGUUUCCAAAAAAAGUUACUGAUUUUUUCACAAAAUCUGUAAAAAGGAUGAAGGAAAGUCGCCUCAAAGAUAAACAAAAGCACCGAGUGGAUUUGCUUCAGCUGAUGAUUAACUCCCAGAAUUCCAAAGAAACAGACACCCAUAAAGCUCUGUCUGAUCUAGAGCUUGUGGCCCAAUCUAUUAUGUUUAUUUUUGCUGGCUAUGAGACCACAAGCACUUCUCUUUCCUUCCUUGUGUAUGAAUUGGCCACUCACCCUGAUGUCCAGCAGAAACUGCAGGAGGAGAUUGAUGCGACUUUCCCCGAUAAGGCCCCUCCCACUUAUGAUGCCCUUGUACAGAUGGAGUAUCUUGACAUGGUGUUGAAUGAAGCUCUCAGAUUAUAUCCAAUCGCUGGUAGACUUGAGAGGGUCUGUAAGAGAGAUGUGGAAAUCUGUGGUGUGUUCAUUCCCAAAGGGACAGUGGUGAUGGUGCCAACCUUUAUUCUUCACCGGGACCUGGAUCUCUGGCCAGAGCCUGAGGAAUUCUGUCCUGAAAGGUUCAGCAAGAAGAACAAGGAUAGUAUAAAUCCUUAUAUAUACCUGCCUUUUGGAACUGGACCCCGAAACUGCAUUGGCAUGAGGUUCGCGAUUAUGAACAUGAAACUUGCCCUUGUCAGAGUCCUGCAGAACUUCUCCUUCAAGCCUUGUAAAGAAACACAGAUCCCACUGAAAUUAAACGCUCUAAGUAUUAUUCAACCAGAAAAACCCAUUGUUCUCAAGGUUGAGCUGAGAGAUGGGAGUGUGAAUGGAGCUUGA